AUGGGAGACGAUAUUGCACUUGCUGACCUCCAGCACUCAGCGGGAUCCCUAGCCGCCAUUGUCUUUCAUAAUAUUGAGCACAGCACUCAAAAGACCUCGUCUGCGAUUCAAGGAUACUACCAUCUCCCUCAUACGGGGGCCGAGCACGGUAACAGCGACGAUGCUGACGAAGCGGCCAAGUAUUCUAAGGCAUUCGUCAAGGGCCACAAGGUCGCUGUCAAGGUCGCCAGCCUCAUUAAUCAUGGGAGAUCUACUCAUCUGGCCCCGUUAAGAGUGAUGGGUAGCGGAUUGGUCGGGGGACCACCCUGCGAAGGGCACGCCCGCCUAACCGAGGGCAUUACCUGGUUUGAAAAGACUCAUUUCCAUCACCAGCCCAUUAAGCCCGAAGGAAAUCAUUUCACAGCCACCCACUACCUGCAUUUCUCGACCCCACUGGCGCAGAUUAUUCCGGGAGCUGAAGGACCAACGCAGCCCAUGGACCUCGUUCAAGAGAUUACCCUUAUCUCUGGUAUGUGCCUCUGGACAUCAAGGAUCAUCCAAUCAAGUAUACCACGGGGACAACGGCUCGACGUGUCCAGACUCCUAAGCAAAAUCACCUUGUACGAGGUUGAAUAUCUCUCUCGCGCAGUCCCCGUCAUUGCCGAUCUAGCUGCAGCCCUAUCCACAAAUAAUCUAUAUCAGCAAAUACCACUAAACAUCCGCCUCGACAUCCCCAGCUUCCACUACUACCACUCCCUCGAGGAGCGUCUCCGCGACGGGCGGUGCAGCUUCCUCGAGGCACUUCAUUGGAUGCACGCCGUCGAGAAGCGCCACCACCAGCUUUCCCGAGUGUUCUGCCGCCUUCUUGACCAUGAGCUAUCCCGGCGGCAGGGCGUGACUCCUCACCAUCGAAAACUAGAUGUCCAGGUCUCGCCUUUAGCGAACCUGGUAUACCAGCUGAUUUGUGACUCUUUGGCCAACAACACCUUCCCAAGCGUGGAUGAUAUACUGCAAAUUCUCCAUACGGAAGACCGUACAUGGGCUGACUUUUACGCACUAGUCCCUGUGAACGAGAAAGUGACGGACUUCCGAGGGUUGAGCUAUCUGUUCUACGUGUACCAAGUCUUGAGGCCGGCUUUGGAGCAGUCUCAGAUUAACGCCAAAGAAAAGGGCGAUGCAAAAAGAAAAUUACUAAUUAGCAUCGACGAUGCAUUCGAGCGACGGAUCUACUCGCGGAGUCAGAAAUUCUUGAAAAAGCUGAGGGCGUCGCUGCCACCAUCUGUGGCUGCCCCCCAUCUACUCGAAGUGUAUCUUUGUCGGCGUAUAUUUAUCAACAGCAAUGAGAUAGGCUCGAAUCUCUAUCUGGAUGACCCAUCUCCCGAACCCUCUGUAUUGCGCUUUUGUCAAAGAUUGGACCCAGAGGGAAAGCAGCAACUUGUCCGAGCUCAGGAUCGACAUAAAAGCUGGCCAGAGACGGUCAAACUAGACGCAUUCGAUGUGGUAGAGAGGUUAUAUGGAUCUCACAUUACUGGAGUGCUCAAGGAAUUGUUCGCAGAGGUGGGUUUGGAGCCUUGAGAGUGGAGUGCGAGACCAUCACAUAUUUGGAGCAAUAUAACGUAAUAGAGUGGGUAGAAAAUCAGGAUCAAGGAUAGGGGUCAAUACGGGAAACAGCUGGGCCCAAGAAGCCGUUGUGCCACUAUUACACAGUUUUGCCCAACGUUGCUAUAAAGUUUCCUAUUUUAGGAUGUUUUCUUAAAAGUUAUACACCAGUCUUUAUGUGAUAAAAUGCCCAGAGUGGUGAAACGCUACUCAUGAACCUGCAUUUUCACCCUAACCAUUGUCCC